AUGGCAUCACCAAAAGUCGUCGUUCUCGUCACUGGCGCCAACCAGGGCAUCGGCUACUGCAUCGCCCAGCAGCUCGCGAGCUCGGGCAAAUACAAUGUCCUCGUCGGAGCACGCUCCUCCUCCAAAGCCGAGGCCGCGGUCCAGGCGCUGCAGGCAGAGGGAAUUAACAAAACGACCUUAACGCCAGUUGCAAUUGAUGUGACCGAUGACAGAUCCAUCGCAGCGGCCGUCCAGACUGUGUCGGACCAGGCUGGGCAUCUGGACAUCCUAAUCAACAACGCGGGACUUGGAACGUCAACCGCGGCCACCAUUCGAGAGCAAUACCGCGAGAUCUUCGAGGCCAACGUCUUCGGCGUAGCUGCGGUGAUAGAUGCGUUUUUACCACUGAUAAGGGCAUCGUCUUUUUCAGAUCGCCGCGUCGUGAACGUCACGUCAGCCGUCGGGCUGACCACCAUGGCAAGUGAGGAGGGCUUCGAGUACAACGCCAAAUCUUAUUACGUUCCUGAUUACCGCAGCAGCAAGGCCGCAGUCAACAUGAUAACGGUGGCUCAGUCUGUCAAGUUAGCCGAGUACGACAUCGCCGUGGUCGCGGCUGCCCCUGGCAUGUGCCGCACUCGGUUCACCGGUGGUUACGGCAUGAAGGAUGCGAGCGAGGGUGCCAGGGCUAUUGUGCGGGCCGCUACGGAGGGAGAUCCCAAGAAACUCACUGGCACGUUCGUUGCUGAUGAGCCCCAUACGGGCUGGUAA